GACACCUGCCCAUUGUGAAUUGUUUUCCUAUAACAGCACACCCCAAUCCUAAUUCAUCAAACAUUCAACAGAGCUGUGGUAUCCAUCCAUCCUUUCUCUGUACCACUUAUCCUACACAGGAUCGCAGGGAUCCUGAAGCCCAUCCCAGGGGCCUCGGGGUGCAAGGCGGGGGACACUCUGUACAGGGUGCAAAUCCAUCACAGGGCACAAUCGCAGACACUCAGACACUACAGACAAUUUGGAAAUGCCUAUCAGCCUACAACACAUGUCUUUGGACUGGGGGAGGAAACCAGAGUACCCAGAGGAAACCCCUGAAGCACGGGGAGAAACCCCCAACCCUGGAGGCUUUAAGUCUCGCGAUGGAACGAAACAUGACACAAAAGAUCAACAGACCGCAGCGGUGCAUUGUGGGUAGUGCGUCCACAAGCACGUUUGGGAUCCAGCAUGGCAGGAAAGAGCAAGAGGAAGUUGGAGGAUCUGAGCGUGGAUGAAUUCCUGUUGUCUGGAUUUGACGCUUUCGAGGGGAAUGAAUCUGAAGAUGAGGUUUCAGCCCCAGAGGAUGAGACAGAUAACUCUGUAUCCCAAGAAAAGAGUCUCAAAAAUAAGGGCAAAGCAUCUCAACACAAAGACCAGCUCUCGAGGCUUAAAAGCACGGAUCCAGAGUUCUACAAGUUUUUACAGGACAACGACCAAAAGCUGCUGAAUUUCGAUGACACGGAUAGUUCAGAGGAUGACGAGGAAGAGAAAUACCACAAACUCCCAUCUCAACUGGAGGUUGCCAGCUCAGAUGAGGAAGUGGAUGAGAAAGAUGAGAAAAAGGUGAAAAAAUCUUCAAAAAAGGCCACAAAAGUCACAGCUAAGAUGAUUGAGGAUUGGAAAACGGCGCUUAAGAAAGAGCCUACUCCACGUUUGGUCCGGGACAUCACACAGGCAUUCAAAGCUGCAGUGGCAACUACAAAAGGCGACAAAGACAUAGAGUGUCGCUACAGCGUGGAUGACAGUUCAGUAUUCAAUGCACUGAUCCUGUUCUGCAUAAAGGACAUGCAUGGUGCCCUGAACAAACUGCUAAAUUUCAAAGCUCCGGACAGAGAGAAAAAAAAAUUAAUAUUGCCAUCAUCAAGUCCCAGGUGGCAGAAGAAUCAGCUUGAUAUCAAAAUGUACUUGAGUGGUCUUGUUCAGCUGCUCUCCAGUCUCACCCAGUCCACAGUUAUCACUGCUGUUCUCCGCCAUGCAAACCAGAUGGUGCCCUACUUCCUGUGUGUGCCAAAACAGGCCCGACACUUACUGAAGCAACUGAUAAAGCAGUGGAGCACAGGAGAGGAGACCGUGCGAGUGCUGGCCUUUCUGGCCAUCAACAAGAUCUGCCGUCAGAAACAAAACAUGUUCCUAAACACCGUCCUCAAGCAAAUGUACAUCGCUUACGUCCAGAACUGCAAGUUCACCUCCCCCAACGCGCUGCCGUUAAUAAACUUUAUGCAGCGCACUCUGGCUGAGAUGUACUCUCUGGACACACAAGUCUCCUACCAGCAUGGCUUCAUCUACAUCCGCCAGCUCGCCAUCCACCUGCGCAAUGCCAUGAACAUGAAGAAGAAGGAAACGUACCAGUCUGUAUAUAACUGGCAAUAUGUGCACUGCCUGCAUCUGUGGUGUCGAGUGUUAAGCACAAUCUACCCCAGUGAGGUGCUCGAGCCCCUAAUCUACCCCCUGUGCCAGGUCAUCGUCGGCUGCAUCAAGUUGGUGCCCAUCUCCCGGUAUUACCCGUUGCGGCUGCAUUGCGUCAGAGCUCUUAUCCUGCUUUCCAGCAGCACCGAGACCUUUGUGCCCGUGUUGCCCUUCCUGCUGGAGAUCCUUCAGCAGGAAGACUUCAAUAAAAAGCCAGGCCGUAUGAGCGUCAAACCCAUUAACUUUGCUGUGAUUCUCAAACUCAGCAAAACCAACCUGCAGGAGAAAGCCUUCAAGGAUGGCCUGAUCGAGCAGCUCUAUGACCUCAUACUGGAGUAUUUCCACACCCAAGCCGCUACGAUUGGCUUUCCUGAGCUUGCACUGCCUACCAUCAUCCAGCUGAAAGCUUUUCUGAAGGAAUGCAAAGUGGCCAAUUACUGCAAGCAGAUCCGCCAGCUGCUGGAGAAGGUACAGGAGAACUGCAGUCACAUCACAAGCCGGAGACAGAGGGCUGCUUUUGGCGUAGCUGACACCACUGCUGUGGCGGCAUGGGAGAAGCAGGUUGCAGAAGAAGGAACUCCUCUCACCAGGUACUACAGCCAGUGGAAGAAGUUACGAGAAAAGGAGAUUCAACUAGAGAUCUCAGGCAAAGAGAGAAUGGAAGACUUGAACCUCCCUGAAAUCAAGCGCAAGAAGAUCCAAGAGAAGAAAGAAGACAAGAAAGAAUUCAAGGGUCUCUUCGAGUCAGACAGCGAUUCAGACAGUGGUGAACUCAUGCAAAAGCGUAAAGACUCUGAUGAUGAUGAAGGCCUUGAGGAUCUGUCAGACAUGAGUGGUGAUGACGACGACGACGAUGAUGCCUCAGAUGGAGAGGACGAUUCAGAUGGCAGUGAGGAGGCUGAGGAGAGGCCUUCUGGCUCUAAAAGUAAAGCACCCAAGCAGGUGUCGAGCGUGAAGCUGCAGGAGCUGGCAGAAGGAGACGAGGAUAUGGUCGAAGACCUCGAGCUUUCAGACCAAGACUGAAGGCCUCGGUGACUUGGCAAGCAGUUUGUCACGAUGCAAGCACGCAUCCUGUGAUGAAAAUGAAAGCUGCUUAAUUGAUUUGUAAAUCUGGCUCUUUGCACAGGUCAGAUGGGGACGCUUAGGAGUCAAGUUUCACUAUUUCACAGCCAAAUACAAGAUGUUUGUAAACUGCAUUGUUCAGUUUGAGAAUUUGACGUUCAGUAUGAACAUUUUUGUGAAUGUUUUUAUAUUGUUCCUCUGUCACCCGUGUAUUAUGUAUUGUCUUAACAAUAUAUUGUGAAAUAUGUUAUAAAAUGACAUUGCCUCUC